UUCCUCAUUUGCAAACUGGAUGGUGAAUGAAGAAUAGGCCUAGUCCCCAUAAAAUUGUUGUGGCUAGGCUGACAGUGUUUUCUCCACGGAGGCGGGGCUUCAGCAAAACGUGAGGCCACAAGCACAAGUGAAGGACGCAAGGUCGCAUAUUGGAAAGUACACUAGGACUAGGCUACUCCUACCGCCAAUGCUUCCUUCUACAAAGGAAGCAACAGCUGCUCACACUCACUGCCCAGUAUCCUAUGGCAGAACGCCUCCUGACUGUACACGCGCCAUGUUUGCAUGUUUAAAGUUUAACCCAAAAAGUAAUAAAUCGAUGCAGACCAAAGCAAGACUUGGGAGGUGUCAGAGGCUGCUGUUUUUUUCCGGAGUGUAAUCCACACCCCACCUUUAAAAUGCUGAAUGGGGUCUAGAAAUCUGCAGCAGAACUAUAGGCUAUUAUGUUGUUUGUAGACCAAAAGUGAAGUUUAACUUAAACGGACAGUGCUAAGGUCACGCACGAGAGCGAUUCUUCCAUAGCCACGAGAUAGGACAAAACGUUUUUAAAGCACACGUUUUAACCUCGGAUCGUCGUUCGUCGGUGCACAGUCAAACUUGGGUAACGGAAAAUGGCUCAGAAACUUCUCCUAAUCGACACGGACUGCGGGAUUGACGAUGCCCAGGCGAUCAUGUUGGCACUGUCACAACCGCAAGUGAAAGUUUUGGGCAUCACCUGCUGCUUCGGAAACACCACCGUUGACCACGUAUGCCACAAUGUAGUGCGCGUGCUUUCUGUUUGCGGGCGCAAUGAGAUUCCAGUCUUCAGAGGGCUGGCGGGUCCUUUGGUGGGAGCUUUCAACACAUUAAAGGACCACUUUGGAUCAGAUGGUCUUGGCGAUGUUUUGGAUGCAAAAGACCCAGUCGGCUGGGAGGAACGUGUGCAGAAAGAACACGCUGUUGCUGCUAUGGUCAGACUAGUAUCUGAAAACCCUGGACAGGUAUCACUGGUGGCCCUUGGCCCUCUGACCAACUUGGCUAUAGCCAUCAGACUUGACCCUACAUUUCCACAAAAGCUAAAGGACCUGUUCAUCAUGGGAGGAAACAUGGAGGGAAAAGGGAAUGUGUCGGUAUGUGGGGAGUUCAACUUUGUCAUGGACCCAGAGUCUGCAUAUGUGGUGUUGGAGGAAUAUACGUGCCCUACACACAUUGCAACCUGGGAAUUUACCUGCAGGAACAAACUCUCAUGGGAUUUUUUUGAGAAGCUGGUCGCCCAAGAACACAAUGCAGCGCGUUUCAUGAAGACCAUCACCUCCAAGUGUUGGGCCUUCUCUCGCGAGUUUGGGGUGAACAAGCGGGACGUGUUGUUUGGCCAGGGCUUCGUGCCCUAUGACGCGUACGCGGUGGCGGCGUGCAUCGACCCCAGCGUAGUGACGGAGAGCGUAGAGUGCGCAGUCAGGGUGGAGGUCCAGGGGACCAUGGGUAGAGGGAUGAUGGCCCUGGAUCACACCAACGUCCUUAAGAAGACGCACAAGGUGCUGGUCAUGAAAACAUGCGACCUGACCAAGUUUGGGGAACUACUGAUGGCCUCACUGAGACUGCCUUGAGGAGAGCUGUAGUAAACGCCACUCUCUUUCAAGGGCGCCUGAAUGAAUUUUAAAAGUGGUGGAGGUUUUUUUUUUAUUGAUUCUUUGUUUCUUAACAACGUUACUGCUGCUGCACUCCACUCAUUUGUCUGCAGUAAAAAUUGAGAAAGCUUCAUUUAGGAGUAGAGAUGCACCGGAUCCUGAUUUUUAGGAUCCUGCCGGAUACCGGAUCCACUGCUUAAGAUCCUGCCGGAUCCGGAACCGGAUACCGGAUCCUACGAAAGGGUUGAAACACAUAGCCAAUUCGCACACGUAGACCCUUUUUAUUACAUUGGCGCAAACUAUUUUUAAUACUCACU